CUGGGUGGUGUUGCAGUGGGAGGGGAACGCAGAGUGCCAUAUACUGACUAAAUCCAAUGAGGGUAGGAGGAUGCUUCCUCCUCCAAACAGCCCUGCCUCCCAGCGGAGCUCAGAGCCAUGCGCACGGGGAGCAGAGCCUGUGUGCGUGUAGGGCCCCUUAAAGAGAAGCGCCGAGCAGACGGCCCAGACUUUCUCCAUAGAAGAAUCAGCGAAAUGAGGAACAGCGUCAACCCGGCACCAUGCGCUCCAGGUUCCCAAGGACCGCCUGCCUGCUGCGAAUCAUUGCACUCUGCAUCCUCCUCUCGCACACAGCAGCUUAUUUCGGGCUGACAGGUCGGGAGCCCAUGGUGUUUUUACCAGGUCCGUUUUCCAAUGACGCCCCGGCAGGGAAGGCCCACCUGAAGCAGUGUGAGCAGAUGACCCUGACCCGGCGGCAGAAGAGGCUGUGCCGCAGGGAGCCCGGCCUGGCCGAGACGCUCCGGGAGUCGGUGCGCCUCAGCCUGUUGGAGUGCCGCUAUCAGUUCAGGAACGAACGCUGGAACUGUAGCCUGGAUGGCCGGGGGAGCCUCCUGAAAAGAGCAUUCAAGGAGACUGCUUUCCUGCUGGCGGUGUCCUCUGCGGCGCUGACCCAUGCACUGGCCAAAGCGUGCAGCUCGGGCCGAAUGGAGAGGUGUACGUGCGACGACUCUCCCGGCAUCCAGCACCGAGAAGCGUGGCAGUGGGGCGUGUGCGGCGACAACCUGAAAUACAGCACCAAGUUUCUCAAGAAAUUCCUCGGCCAAAAGCUGGUCAGCAAGGACCUGAGGGCUCAGAUCGACGCACACAACAUUAACGUCGGAAUUCGGGCCGUGAAGAGUGGACUGAAGACGACCUGCAAGUGUCACGGCGUUUCCGGUUCGUGCGCCGUUCGGACUUGCUGGAAGCAGCUGGCGCCUUUCCACGACACCGGGCGGCUGCUCAAAUAUCGCUACGACACGGCCGCGAGAGUGCUGAGCGUCACCAACGCGGCCACGGGGGAGACGGAGCUGGCCGGCCCGCGCCGCCACGGCCAGAGCCCCCGCACCACGGACCUGGUCUUCCUGGAGGACUCGCCCAGCUUCUGCAGGCCCUCCCGCUUCUCGCCGGGCACCGGCGGCCGGUCCUGCGCCAAAGACACCAGCUGCCAGAGCCUCUGCUGCGGCCGCGGCUACAACACGGCCAUGCGCCUCACCAGCCUGUCCUGCCACUGCCAGGUUCGCUGGUGCUGCCACGUGGAGUGUCAGACCUGCGUGAGGGAGGAGGAGGUGUACACCUGCAAAAAUGCAUGAACGGUCAAUGAGAGAAAAACAGGCAGUUGAGAGAGACUCGGGGGGGGGGGGGAAAGGAAACACGGAUGGACCGAAGCAGUGGGGAAAAAAUGUGCUAAAAACUGAUCCUCAACGAGACUGAACUGAGAUGUGUCACAGACAAUCCACCGGGGGCUCUUAAAUCACAGUGUGCGUUUGCAGAUCUGCUCUCUGACUUGCAUGUAAUUUUGGAACAGAUGUACUUAUGUAACGUUGAAAUAUUGCUAGAGACUUGCUAAUCACCACUGAUUUGAUAGGCAACAACUUAUUGCUGAUGAGGAUGUUUUUAAACUAACCUGCUUCUCUUCUUGCUGGAUGCACUGAAAUCCCACUUUUUUGGGGCGUGGGGGGGACAAGCUCUUAAAACAGGUUUUGGACUGGAAGCGUCCAGCAAUGUGGCGCUGAAUAGCAGCAGCCUGGGAGCUCCGACACUGAUUUUGUUGAUUCAUUAUUGUCUUCUGACAUUUUUGCUAUUUAUUGUGUCAUUCUUUAUGUCUGUUACACUGCUGCUUUAUAAACUUUAAAUCUUGUAAUCAAGUUUUGCUAGUAAGGCUGAAAUUAAUUCAAGAGGAAUCUACCUGUCUGUCUUUCUGACUGCUGUUAUUGUUGUUGUUUUUUUCUGCUGUGGAGAACUUUUAAAGUUCAUUUUUGAGUAAAAGCACUUAAGUUGCUCUUGCUACAUAUUAAACAAAUGUAAAUGUUAAUGUUAAGGUUGAAAUUUAGGCGGCGGAUAUAAUCACUGGAAGCUUUGAGGGAUGGCUGACACUGCUGACAGAGUUAUUGUGUAAAGAAAGAAGCUGGGUUUCAGUUGCUCUUAUGGAAAUCUCUAUGGAAAUGUCUACAUGCUGAGUAAUGUGGGCUGAGCAGAACAAAGAGGAGAGGGAAACGCACAACAUUGUCUUUGAAAAUCAGCCUAAAUUGGUAACAUACCAGUCCUGCUCUUCUAUUUAAACUUUUAAAAGAAGCCAAUACGUUCCUAUACUUUCAUGUGUAAAAUUGCCCGACUGAACUAUUUGGUCUUCAAAGUCUAAAUUAGCCACAUCUUUGUUCUCUUUGCCUUUGAAGUGGGUCAGUCAUGCUCCCUAUUUUCCCUAAUUGCUAAUCAAAGAAAAUCACUGUGUUUACUCCCCUUAUGUCCAAUAUGUCCAUGUGUGCGGGUCAAAAGUGCACGUUGGACCUAAAACAUCUGCUUUUAUCUGCCAGUUUACGGUUUAUCUGAGUGAUUCUGAACUGCAUAUGUGAAUAGAAUAUAACUCUUAUUAGAGCCCCAGGCGUCUGACAAUGUGGAAUCAUAAUUUUUCUACCUCACUUCAACUUUUGGCAAAUAUCAGUAAGAUUUAUGAGCUAUGCAGAGUUAUCCUCUCUGUAGAUACAUGUUUUUUCCCUCUAUGUUUCUUAGAAAUAUCCUGUUUCAGACGUCCACACAAGUCUUUUGAAUAUGGGAAUAUAUGUAACCAUUAUUCAGAAGUGUGUGUUUUUUUUAUCUUGUUGCUUCACACUUUUAUUUAAAACAAAUAAGAUGAAUAAAAAA